AACAAUAACGGAAAUAUUGUUAUCUAUACGAAAUAGGAUAAACAUUUUUGCUCAAGCUUUAAAUAUGCGGCUUAAAUACCUAAUGUUACAAAAAGAAAACAAGAUUUAAAGUUUAUUUAACAUGUGGAUUGCUGGCCCGAUGUUUUAAGAGAAUACUGUGUGUUUGUUUUCCUGGCUAAUAUCGAUUUUAUCAGAUGGAGCAUCUUUGCAUGUAACAAAAAGGCGCCCGGAAAAGGUUUCCUUUCACACAGGAUAUUAAACUAAUUAGAUCCUGAGGGGAUAACUAAUCAACAUAAUCAUGAAACGACAAAACGUACGAACCCUUUCACUUGUGGUGUGCACCUUUACCUAUCUCCUAAUUGGAGCAGCGGUUUUCGACUCACUGGAAUCAAAAACGGAGGCCAAGCGAUGGGAGUUCCUGCAAGCUGUUAAGAAUAACUUUGUCAAGAAAUACAAUGUGAGCGACGAGGAUUUCCGGGUGAUGGAAAUCGUUAUAAUUGAAAACAAACCGCACAAAGCUGGGCCACAAUGGAAGUUUGCAGGGGCCUUUUAUUUUAGCACUGUUGUCCUGGCCAUGAUAGGUUAUGGACACUCCACACCUGUUACCAUUCCGGGAAAAGCUUUUUGCAUGGGUUAUGCCAUGGUGGGCAUUCCUCUGGGCCUCGUGAUGUUCCAGUCGAUUGGUGAACGUCUUAACAAGUUCGCUUCGGUCAUCAUAAGACGGGCAAAGAGGGCCAGCGGAGCUCGGUGUACGGAUGCCACCGAGAUGAACCUCAUGUUGGCCACGGGAAUGCUCUCCUCGAUUAUUAUCACCACCGGAGCGGCAGUAUUUUCCCGCUAUGAAGGCUGGAGCUACUUUGACAGCUUCUACUACUGUUUUGUCACCCUGACGACCAUCGGUUUUGGGGACUAUGUGGCCCUGCAGAAUGACCAGGCUCUCACCAAUAAGCCAGGUUAUGUAGCCCUGAGUUUGGUCUUCAUCCUCUUCGGCUUGGCUGUGGUGGCUGCCAGUAUCAAUCUGUUGGUGCUACGCUUCAUGACCAUGCAAGCGGAGGAUGCCAAGAGGGAUGAACAGGAUGCCCAGAAUUUGGCAGGAAAUGCCCAGCCGGUGACCUUUGAUGAUGAGUCCACGUAUAACAUGCAUGGCAAGCUGCUGGAGAAUAACUAUACCACUGAGAAUGAUGAGACCGCCUCCCUGUGCUCCUGCACCUGCAUGGGCGGCACUCGAUGCCUCAACCAUGAGCAGUUCAUUGAUCCGGACUUCCAACCCACGGAUAUCAUUGAGAGCACCUUUUGCUUGAAGCGCGCCUCCGUCUGAUAUCCGUACAGCCAGCUGUGGAACUCCUCUAUAUAGGAACCAGAGCCGAUUUAUAGUUAUACAAUCCCGUAGAGACCCAACCGCCGGUUUUGAAACGUUGGUUGUUAGACGAACCUUCCCUACGCAGAUAUUUACACGUGGAUGGGUCGAUUAUUGUGGAUGAAGAUAGGAAAAACAUAUAUAGAAGUUGAUCAAAAAUAGAUUAAACUGCACAUAAUUAAGCAUAUUUAGCAGCUUUAAAAGACCACAAAAAGCCUAAAUACGUUUGGGACUUUGGAAGACAUAAACCUUAACAGAUUGAUUAAAGGAAAAUUUAUAUUACUCAAGAAGUGAGAUAGACUACUAUCCAUAUACUAGAAAUUCCCCACAAUAAUCGACCCACUCCCCAUAUACACACAUUUACAAAGGAGGUACCUCCAAGGACCCAUGUCAAUAUCAAUCACAUCAUCUGGUUGGGCGCCCAACGAAGCCUUAGAAGGUUUCGUGGUGACCCCACCGUCAUCCAUCCCAUCUCGAAUUUUAGCCCUAAGAUGUUUUAACCAAAGCACUAUUAAAUGUUUUUUGCCCUAAAACAAGUAAGCUGUGAUUUUUGAAAAAU